AUGCAUUUCUCAAAAGGAAAAAUGGCUCUAAUUGGGCUUUUGGCAAUACUGGGUAUUCUCUCAAUGGUGUCUAUGGUUCAAGGGAACAAUAAUAAUGGAGGUUGGAUAGAUGCUCAUGCAACCUUCUAUGGAGGCGGUGAUGCUUCAGGCACUAUGGGUGGGGCUUGUGGGUAUGGGAACUUAUACAGUCAAGGAUAUGGUACAAACACAGCAGCACUAAGUACAGCACUAUUCAACAAUGGGAUGAGUUGUGGAGCUUGCUUUGAAAUCAAGUGUGCUAGUGACCCAAAAUGGUGCCAUCCUGGUUCUAUAGUAGUCACUGCUACUAAUUUCUGUCCACCAAACAAUGCCUUGCCUAACAAUAACGGAGGAUGGUGUAACCCACCCCAACACCACUUUGAUCUUUCUCAGCCUAUCUUUGAGCAUAUUGCUCAAUAUAGAGCUGGGAUUGUUCCUGUUCAAUACAGAAGGGUGCCCUGUAGGAAGAAAGGAGGGAUACGGUUCACAGUGAACGGACACUCAUACUUCAACCUAGUACUAAUCACAAACGUAGGAGGAGCAGGAGAUGUGACCGCAGUAGCAAUCAAAGGUUCCAAAACCACGUGGUUAGCCAUGUCAAGAAACUGGGGCCAAAACUGGCAAAGCAAUGCGAAACUUGAUGGCCAAGCAUUAUCUUUCAAAGUCACCACCAGUGACGGCAAGACGGUCAUCUGCAGCAACGUCGUCCCGGCGAGCUGGUCCUUUGGCCAGACAUUCACUACUAGCGGACAAUUCACUUGAAUUAAUUAUUAGCUAUAAUUAAUUAAGCAUAUUUGGCAU